AUGGAGGCGCUGGGGAACGUAAUGUACGCCCGUCACGGCGGCUUUGUGGAGGGCGCCGAAUUCUUCGAUUCCGGCUUCUUCGGCAUGUCCGCGGCAGAAGCCAAGACCAUCGAUCCGCAACAGAGGCUUGCUCUCGAGAUGUCUUACGCUGCAUGCCACCAUGCCGGCCGUGCAAAGCAAUCGCUAUUGGGCUCCGACACCGGCGUCUUCGUCGGACAGUGUAACAACGAUUGGGCCAAGUUUUCCAAGGAGCGAUCUGCGAAUCCCUACACUGGACCCGGUACACAUGCGUCCAUCUCAUCGAACCGAAUCUCCUACAGCCUCGGGCUCAGGGGUGCAAGCGCAUCUGUGGACACAGCCUGCUCAUCUUCCUUGGUUGCUCUAGACAUUGCCUGCCAAAAGCUGGGCUUGGGUAUGCUGGCAGCCCUGAUGACCGGCGUACAGCUGAACCUGAUAGCAGAGCCCUUCGUUGCAUUCUCAAAGGCGCGCAUGCUGUCCCCGGAUGGUCGCUGCAAGACCUUCGAUGCCUCGGCAAACGGCUAUGUCCGUGGCGAAGGCUGUGGCUCAGCUUUGCUGCAGAUCGCAGCCGCAGAAACUGCUGGGGCUUGGGACGGCCGAAGCUCGACGCUGACGGCUCCAAACGGCCCCGCACAGCAGGAUGCUAUCCGCAAGGCCUUGUCCAUCGCAGAGCUCUUGGGGUCACAGAUCAACCUGGUUGAGUGCCAUGGCACUGGCACUGCUCUUGGUGAUCCCAUCGAGACCGGGGCACUCAAGGCCGUGCUGGCACAGGGACGUUCGAUGCCCGUGCAGCUGGCGACCGUGAAAACCAACAUCGGACACUUGGAGGGAGCAGCUGGAGUGGCCGGUCUAGUGAAAAGUAUGCUGGCCUUGCAGCGUGGCACAGUUCCUCCAAAUGUUCAUUUCGCCAAGCUAAACCCCACAAUCGACCUCGAGGACUUUGCUGCUGAGAUCCCUACUGUUGCACAGCCUCUGCAGGGUGGCACCAAUGCCCAUGUGAUCUGCAAGCACACGAUCACCGACAGUGGUCCAAAGGCCGCGUCCAAGAAGCGCGUGGCAUUCCUCUUCACUGGCCAGGGCUCCCAGCGUGUCGGAAUGGGCAAAGAGCUCUACUCCUCCGAGGAGUCCUUCCGCUCUGCACUAGAUGUGUGUGCAGAGCUGCUGGAUCCGUUGCUUGAGAAGCCACUGCUCGACGUGCUAUUCAAGGCAGAGAACCGCGAUCUGCUCAACCUGACCAAGUACUCGCAGCCAGCCAUCUUCGCGGUAGAGUAUGCCCUCGCGGAGAUGUGGAAAGCUCUCGGAAUCGAACCCUGUGCCGUGCUUGGGCACAGCGUGGGCGAGUAUGCCGCUGCUGUCGUUGCCGGUGUCCUCGGGCUCGAGGACGCCGCACGCCUGGUGGCGGAGCGUGGCCGUCUGAUUGCGGAGCUUUGCGAGGGCAACAUUGGCGGCAUGACAGCUUGCCACUUGCCCUGUGAAGAUGUGCUCAAAGUCCUUUCUGGACUAUCUGAGAGCGAUCGCAAGCAGGUGUCAGUUGCCGCAGUGAAUGGACCGAAGAUGACGGUGGUCUCAGGACGCACGGACUUGGUAAAGCAAGUGGUUCAGAGCACGGGCGCUGGAAACAAGGAGCUCAACGUCUCUCAUGCGUUCCACUCCCCGCUGAUGGAGCCUAUGCUCGAGAGCUUCCGGACGGAGGUUUCCUCGGCAAAGCUCUCCGCUCCGAAAGUGCGUUUUCUCUCCACGGUGACGGGCAAAGCGGAGAGCGAUCUCUUCAGAGAUCCCGGCUACUGGGUCCGGCAUGUGUCGCAGGCAGUGAGGUUUGCCGACGGCAUGGCAGCUCUGGAGGCCCUUGGGGAGGCCGAAGCUUACCUGGAAGUGGGCCCCGAGCCCACCUUAGUAAAGAUGGGGAAGCGAUGUGCCUCUGGUCCAGCGGCCAGCAAAGAGUGGCCCUGGUUGCAUUCCAUCGAGCCCGAACAGGCUGAGGGCAGCACCGUGGCUUCGGCUCUCUCGCAACUGCAGGGGGCGCUGCCGGCCCUUCAGUACAAAAGACAGCCCUUCCCCUGGCGAGAUGCGGGCCCCCGGCUUCUGCGAAAGCGCAGCGAAGGGCAAAACGAGGUCCUCUUCGACUGCCCGGUCCGCGGUGACAUCUUCCAGGUGUCUGCCGAGCAUGUGGUCUACAAUGAGAUCGUCAUCCCGGGUGUGGUCUUUGUGGAGAUGGCCAUGGAGGCUGCCAGGGCACACCUUGGGCCAGAGGCCCAGCUGCGAGACAUACAGAUGGUCUGGCCCUUCGUGGUGCCCAAAGAUGGAGACACGGACAGCAAGCAAAUGAUGAUGCGCUUGGCCAUCAUUGGAAACAAGCGUUUUGAACUCCGAAGCCAGGGACCAGGUGAUGAUACUUGGACGGUUCACUGCGAAGGUCGGGUCGAAGCCACGGGAGGAGGGCCGAAGGCGGCAGCCACCAUCGAUCCUGAGCAGACGCUCUCAGCCUGCGCUGGGAGGUGCCCGGAGCAGGUGGAUCCUGCCAAGCUGUACCCGUUGGUGGACAGCACUGGCCUAUGGCUGGGACCGAAGUUCCAAGUGUGCCACGACAUGUGUCGCAACCCAGACGAGAUCUCCUGCCGCAUGCAGCUCAAGUCCGACGUGCCAAACCAGGGCUACAUCAUCCACCCAUCUCUCUUCGACGGCACCAUCCAUGCUGUUUGUGCCACGAUGUUCGAUCAGGAUCCGCCCUUCCUGAAGAUCUUUGCUGGUGUUGGUAAGGUCACCGUCGUGGCCAACGAGGCUCCGAAGGACCAGGCCGUUGUGCUCCAUCUUCGUAUCGAUGAGAAGACCGACCAGCAGCAGAUCUUCACGUGCCAGGUCUUCAGCGAGGCAGGCUCCCUGCUCUGGAAGCUGGAGGAUGUGAUCUUCCGGAAAGUCCUCCCGGAGCAGAUUCAGAAGGCCUUGGCCGCCACGAAGGCCAAGGAUGCCGUGAGCUUCUUUGAGACCAAGUGGAAGCAGCUUUCAGAGGAGGCCCUGGACCAGGGGAGUGGCCUCCUUCCCGCGAACUCCGAGGGCCGCUGGCUCUUCUACGCCGAGGCGCCGCUGCUGGAGGUCCUCAAGAAGGAUCUGGGCGAGCAACACGUGUACAUCUCGUCCAUGUCGGAGAACGGCCUUGACUACGACAACUUGACGCGCAUCGUCUACUUUCCCGCAGAAAAAGACAGCCCUCUGGACGUGCUGCACAACGGCCUCCGCCUGAUCCAAAAGGCGCUGCAGGUGGGAGAUGCGGCCCCCGAAGUCUGGUUUGUCCUCCGUGGCACUCAGGCUUUGGAGGCGUCCGUGCUGAAGGGCCAGGGCCUUCCUUUGCACGCGGGUUUGUGGGGUUUGGCCCGCUGCUUGCGCCUGGAGUCUCCGGGCUCCGUCGCUGGCUGCGUGGACCUGGGCCCUCUCGAGAAGCCCAAGCCCAAGGACAUCGUGAGCAGGCUUCGCGCCCUCACGACACGGCGCUCGGGCGAGGCUCCGGAAGUGGAGCCGGAGCUCUUGCUCCACGGGCCCGCGCCCACGUUGUUGGUGUCUCGGCUGGAAGAGACGACGGCGAAGUUCCAGGAGGUGGAUGUGGAUGCCUACAGUCUGGGCGAAGCCAGCUACGUCAUUAGCCGGGGUGGAGGCACGGGCGGGCUCGGUCUGCUUUUUGCUGCAUGGUUUGCGGAGAAGGGUGCCGGACAUCUGGCACUGCUUUCUCGCAGCGGCAAGAUCGCACAG